AUGUCAAUUGCAGCUGCGAGAUUACCACUGGAUUUAGAGCUCCCCAGUGAGAAAAUUCAUACAACACACAUCACAGAAAAGUCGCAGAAGCUGCAGAAGCACGACAGUGCAUCUACACUCAGCCUCCCUCUCCACGACUCUGUUGAAGUUCAAGAAAAUGUUGAGACAAUCCAAGUAGAAGCCGAUACUAACCACAUGAACAGGCUCACUGUCGACAUUGACGCGACUAGGAACGUUUCAGCAUCUCCCUCAGGCACAUACAAUGAGAAUAAACGCUCAUUUGCACCCAGCCCUGCGAGCGAACAGAACAACGUCGAGGAAGUUGGUCUGUUUCAGAAGUCUUACUAUCCUAACUUUAUACAUGCAUUGAGAGACUCAAAGUCUACUAGCAGCGGCAGGACUAUUAUUCUUUGCCUGGAUGGUACUGGGGACCAGUUUGAUGGCGAUAACUCUAACGUCGUGCGUUUUUUCAGAUGCUUGAAGAAGGAUGAGCCAUCGAAGCAAUUAGUCUAUUACCAGGCUGGAUUGGGUACUUAUACCACUACGCGCUCUGCGAACCCAAUCACUACCAGGUUGUCAGCAAUUGGUGAUGUGACUAUUGGCUCCGGGCUCGGUCAUCACAUUCGCGACGCCUAUGCAUUUUUAAUGGAGAAUUAUACCAAAGGCGACAAGAUAUGCAUGGUCGGUUUCUCUCGUGGUGCGUACUCAGCUCGUGGUUUAGCCGGAAUGCUUCAGAAGGUUGGACUCCUUCCCAAGGGAAAUAGAGAGCAGGUGGGAUUUGCAUACCACAUGUUCAAAGACAACUCAGAUGAAGGCUGGAAGAUGAGUCAGCUCUUCAAAGAGACCUUCUCAAUCAAAGUGAAUAUCCACUGGAUAGGCGCAUGGGACUCAGUGUCGUCUAUCGGGUUCAUUCCGCGUGAUCUACCCUUCCACAAAUCGAACAAUGCCGUGAAAAAUUUUACGCAUGCAGUAGCACUCGAUGAGCACCGCGCCAAAUUUAAGGCAGGUCACUGGACGCGCUCUGAUGAAAUGGAGGUACGCAUAGGUCCAUGGCAGCGUCGAAAGGAGGAAUUGAAACCUAAAUUCGGAGACAUAAACGAGAUCGAGGAGGACGAUGUUAUACAGGAGCAGAAAGACACAGAAGAAGAUCCCAAAAGGGCGGUAGAGAAGAAGCGCGCUAAAGUGAUGAAAAACAUCAAGGAAAUACGUAAACGUACACAGAAAUCUAGUGGUGAGGAUGAUACCAGUGUAGAUGCAUUCAAUCCGGAGAUUCAGGCGCAAUUUGAGAUGCUGUUCGAGCUUCAGGAUAAGGAAGAUCUCAGCGAGACUAAAGUAAAAGAGGUGUUUUUUACAGGUUGCCAUGCAGAUGUUGGGGGAGGGGCCGUUGCCAACCAUACUAGACAUUCUUUGGCUCGUAUACCACUCAGGUUCAUGCUAAGACAAGCCUUCAAGGCUGACACAGGGCUCUUGUUUUCGACAGAUCUUCUCGACUAUUACGGCCUCGACCUCAACACAUUGUACCCAUACGUCACUCGCCGCCCUCCGGCGGCUGAGGGGGCUCCAGAAGGCUUUCCGGAGCUUCCUCAACAAGAUAACCCCCGCAGAGUGUUUCCAGAAGCUGUCGAAGAUUACUACGAUGCGCUAUGCCCUUAUCAUGAUUACCUCAAUUUGUCAAAAGGCUGGUGGGUCCUCGAGCUUUGGCCGCUAAGAGAGAUCUACCAAGAUGGUCACGGCAAGUAUAGAAAGCGUCUUGCGCCAAACCUUGGCCAUCACCGCGCCAUAAGAGGUACUAACAACAAGUUCCACCGCUCAGUGGCUAUUCGCCAGAAACAGAUUGGAUAUGAUAUUAAAGCGCGCAUGGUUGACUCGCCUACUGCUCACUGGGUAGGCUGA